CUCCAUAUGCGGGAAAGAGACAGUUAAGACGCCAUCCGAUCAUCAAAGCAGUUUCUCCCAUUCUGCUCCCAGAAACACAGCAUUCUUCAUUUCAUGGACAUGGAAAUAUAAAUCUACCUUAUCCAAUAACUUGCUCUUAUUUAUUUACUGUGUUAAAAAAUCAAUUCUCCUUUUUAUAGAUAUGUAUUCAACAUUUUUGUAUGUGUAGCUUUAAUAGAUGUACCAUCCAUAGAUAUUGAUUCUAUAAAUGAAUUAACUGAAGAAUUAUUAUCUUCUGAGUCACCGUUCGGCGAGGCAGUGUUAGUCACAGGUUGUGACGAAGCAUCAUGGACCCUUCAAUAAUGAAGCUCCUCGAAGAAGACGAGGACGAGAGCAUGCAUUCCGGUGCUGACGUGGAGGCUUUCCAGGCAGCCUUAAAUCGGGAUAUUGGAGGUGACGCAUCCACUUCUCAGCCGUCUGAUACGGGUACAGCUUUGUCUCAUGAAACCAAUCAAACUCCCAGUCUGCCAUCCGCAAAUUGGCAAAGUACCAUACAAGAUGAAAAUGAGAAUGCUCCAAGUCAGCAGCAGCAGCAGCAACCACAACAGCAAGAGCAGCACUCCCUUGUAACAGAACUAAAGCAGCAUGAGUCUGCUGGUGAGAAUCAGCAACUAAAGAAUGAUGUCAAACAGGAAUCCAGUCACCUUCCAUUACAUCAGAAACAACCCCAAGAUACUGUUCAACAAAGUCAGGCAGAACAAGCUCCUGUUCAGACUCCUCGAACAAUCAGGACGCAAAUAUCUGAAACAAAUACAAUGCCAAAAUCUGAGCCCGAUAAAAUGCAAAUUCCAGACACUGAAUCCCAAUAUAUGAAUGUACAAAAUAUGGGUAAUCAGCAGACUAUGGGCCCGGAGCAGCCUAGUAACCCAAAGAAUCAAUUCAAGCCGAUACCAUUCAUGUUAUUACUGCCUACCUUAAAGCCCCAUCUCGACAAAGACAGGGACAUGCAGCUUGAAAUUCUGUUUAACAAACUGAGGAGAAAUCAAGUUCCGAAAGAACAAUUUGUCAGACUCAUGAGAGGUAUUGUAGGGGACCAAGUGCUUAGACUGGCAGUGGAACAGUGGCAAUCCCAGCAAGGCUCCAGGCAAUCCCAGUUACAGUCUCAAGCCUUUGGACGUCAACAUAAUGUAAGAAUGCCUGUUAGUGCUACUGCAUCUUCAGCAGUGCAAGUCCUGGCUGAUUCUAGCUAUCCACCUGCAGAAGGUAAUGCUCAUAGACCUCGAGGGGUGGAACAUCUGCCAGAUUCUCAUGGAAUGCAAGCAAGCCAAUUUUCUUCCCCCAGUACUAGCACACUCAGUCAAGAUAGGGAGCGAUCUUCAAUCUCAGUGCCAGGCCAUAGUAAGCAGCAGCAGCAACAUUUGCACUUUCCACAGAAUUCUUUUUCAACGUAUGGCAGUAGCAGUGGUACUCAUCACCCAUAUUCCGGAACAAACAUCAAUACUUCUGGAUCAUCCAUGAAGACUCAACCUCAUGAUUUACAGAUGAGGCAAAUAUCACAUUCAACCAUGGCUUCAACUCAAAUAGGAGGUUCAACGCCAACAUUGAACAUGGUGCAUGUCUCAAAAUUUGAGAGGCCAAAUUCUGUUUCUGAUCCCAGCAGAGUACAGAGUGGUUCUAUGUCCCAGUAUAAUAACAAAUCAGCAUUGCCACAAAAUUCAAUUCCAUGGCAAGCUCCCACAAACAAAGAGCAAACUUCUCCUCUGUUUCCGUCAACAAAUUAUGUGAAACAGGAACCUCUUGAACAGGCCACUGACCAGCAGCAGAAACCCCAGUUGUCUAACCCACAGGGUUUGUCUGCUGCACCUGGUGAACAAGGUAAUGCAGUGCCUGUAAAUUCAAAAGAGGACUCUUUAGAGAAGCCGUCUUCUAAAGUUGGUUUCUCUAACCCCAGUACUGCAGUGCCCUCAAAUUCAGUUUCUCCUUCCAUUGCUAUCCAACCGGACCCUAACAUCCAGGCAGGUCCUCGGUUCCCGUCUGGAGCUGCUUCUGUUGGAGUUAAUGCAAGAACACCUACAAAAAAGCUUUCUAUUGGUCAAAAGAAGCCUCUUGAAGCACUUGGUUCCUCGCCACCUAUGUCAAGUAAAAAGCAAAAGGUAUCAGGGGCCUUUCUGGAUCAAAGCAUUGAACAACUUAAUGAUGUCACUGCUGUCAGUGGAGUUAAUUUAAGGGAAGAAGAAGAACAGCUAUUUUCUGGGUCCAAGGAGGACAGUCGAGUUUCAGAAGCAUCUCGGAGGGUUGUACAGGAAGAAGAAGAAAGGCUGAUAUUGCAGAAAACUCCACUGCAGAAAAAAUUGGCAGAGAUUAUGGUCAAAUGUGGUUUGAAGAAUAUCAACAACGAUGUGGAGAGAUGCCUGUCCUUGUGCGUUGAGGAAAGAAUGCGUGGGUUAAUAAGUACCCUGAUCAGGCUAUCAAAGCAGCGCGUUGAUGCUGAGAAAUCUAGACAUCGGACUGUAAUUACCUCAGAUGUUCGACAACAAAUUAUGACAAUGAACCAGAAAGCUAGGGAAGAAUGGGAGAGAAAGCAGGCUGAAGCAGAGAAGCUCCGAAAAGUUAAUGAACCUGAGGGUGACAAUGGAGUAGAAGGGGACAAGGAGAAAGAUGAUGGUCGUGUGAAAGCAAUUAAGGGAAAUAUCCCGGCAAACAAGGAAGAGGAUGACAAAAUGAGAACAACUGCUGCAAAUGUUGCUGCCCGAGCAGCUGUUGGUGGAGAUGACCAUCUAUCAAAAUGGCAACUCAUGGCUGAGCAAGCCCGCCAGAAACGUGAAGGUGGGAUAGAGGCGGCAUCAGGUUCCUACUCAGCUAAAGAAGUUACCCGCAAGCCUCAAUUUACAUCUGGAAAAAGUAUGAAGGAUAAUCAGGAACCUGAAAAGAGGAGCCCUGCGGCUGCAUCCACAGGGGUAAGGAAGGUUGGAAGGAACCAAGCAUUUACGCCACAAAGUAAGGUGGCCCGUUCCAUUUCUGUUAAGGAUGUAAUUGCAGCGUUGGAAAGAGAACCACAGAUGUCAAAGUCUACACUGAUUUAUAGAUUGUAUGAGAGAGUGCAGUCUGAUGCUCCAACAGAAUAGCAUUUUUAAGCCUCAAACUAUGGAGGUGUUUAGAAAGAUUGCAAUGCUAGUCACAGCUCAGAUGUCAUAGGGGAUGCUCUGAUUUGUUGCUUUCACGGUAUAAUUUAUCUGGUGCAGCACCAUUGCUUGCAUACUAUAGUAAUCAACUCGACUCAGCUGAUAUAUUUGACAGAUCAUGGAAAACAGAAGUUGGGACGAAGUUCAUACUGACUUGCUGACCAGAAUUUCUGCUUGAUUUAAAUGUUCUCUUCUUGUUCAUUGAUUGCGAGGGCCGUUAUUCACUCAGAUUAAAUUGCUACUCUGAAUACAAAUUUGGCCUUUAUUAAUAUAAUCACGAUAAAUUUCUACUGUCA